AUGGUUCUAGCUUUGGAAGACUCAGCAAUGGAUGUUGAUAAAGUGGACAACCUAAAGUUUUAUCCAACAAAAGAGGAGACGGAGCUGCUUCACGGAUACAAAGGAGAGAAGGAUAAAUUAGGAAAACAUGAACAGUCCUUCUUGGAGCUAAUGAAUGUUCCACGUACAGAAUCUAAGCUUAGAGUUUUUUCUUCCAGGUUACAGUUCAAUGCACAGGUUUCUUGUCUUAGGAAGAGCUUAAACAUAGUAAAUUCGGCUGUAGAACAGGCGAGUUUCAAGUUUUCUUCAUGGUACAUUGAUCUUGCAGGGUCUGCAAUCGGGUUCAGGUUAGAUAGCCUCCCAAAACUUGCAGAUACACUAGCAAGGAACAAUAGAAUGACUCUCAUGCAUUACAUCAGUAAGGUGCUUGCUGACAAACUACCUGAAGUUCUUGAUUUUUCAAAGGAUCUUAGCAGUUUGGAACCUGCAGCAAAGGCGUAUAAUGACCUUGCAGAUUAUUGUGGUGUGCCACAACUGGCAAAAAAAUUAAACCAGAUUUUGGUUCAACUUAUCAACACAGUGCUACCACGGUUGAAGACGCGUAUUAGCUCCCUCAAUUAG